CCCCUCGCGCCUCCCUCCCCCAACCCCCAGCGUCUCUAUAAAGGACGGGAGGCAGGAGAAAGUUCCCACUCGGAGCGGGCGCGCUGGGCGGCUGGCACGGGGCGCGGAGAGGCGGACGGGCCGAGGCGGAGGCUGGACGCGGGGCCACACGGCCCGACAGUCGGACGGCAGCGGAGGGACCGAGCCGGCGCACGAGGAGGCAGGGAGGCCGGCCGCGGAGGCUGCGUCCCGCCGAUUGCCCGCCGCUCCGCAGCGCAGCUCUCUCGGCUCGUCCGGUCCCGCUCGGCUCGCCAUGCAGCUGCCCACCGUCCCCGGGGCGCUGGUGCUCCUGGCGUGCGUCCUCGCCCGAGGCGGCGCCGGCUUCAAGAACGACGCCACGGAGCUCCUGUACUCGCACGUGGUGAAGGCGGCUGCGGGGGGAGCCCAGGCGCUCGGCCUCAGCGGGGGCGGGAACAGCAGCGCCCUGAACCAGGCUCGCCACGGCGGCCGCCUCCCGGGCAGCGGGGCCACCUCGGGGCUGGAGGCCCGGAACAGUCGAGUCCAGGUGGGCUGCCGGGAGCUGCGUUCUACCAAGUACAUUUCCGAUGGCCAGUGUACCAGCAUCAAUCCCCUCAAGGAGCUGGUAUGUGCCGGAGAGUGUUUGCCGCUCACCGUGCUCCCCAAUUGGAUCGGAGGAAGCUUUGGCACCAAAUACUGGAGCCGGAGGAGCUCCCAGGAAUGGCGCUGCGUCAACGACAAGACACGCACCCAGCGCAUCCAGCUCCAGUGCCAGGACGGGAGCACCCGGACCUACAAGAUCACCGUGGUCACUGCCUGCAAGUGUAAGAGAUACACUCGGCAGCACAAUGAGUCAAGCCACAACUACGAGAGCAUGUCGCCCGCAAAACCUGCACCACAUCACAAAGAGCGGAAACGAGCCAGCAAAGCUAGCAAGCACAGCCUGAGCUAGGGAGGCACUUGGCGCUUACCCAGAGCUGACCGGUGGUCCUGUACUCCUGCAUCAAGUGCUCACUGCAUCAAGACCGAACACUUUCAUUGCCGUGCGCUCACUUCCAAACCUCCGCUCGUUGCUUUGCUCAAGCCCAGAAGGCAGCUGAUAUAUAAGGAUCUUCUUGGGGACGACUGUUUUUCCUUUUCUGAUUUUUCAGGAUGGGUGUUCGUGCAAGCACCGAUUUUUCUCUAAACCCAUCGCCAAGAUUGAAAUGUAUAUGAUUUUUGAAAGAUGAGCCUCGGCCCUCUGUGACUCCCUCCUGCCCCCAAGCCAAUCCGAAAGGCGCAGAAUUGUUACCAUGAAUUUUCACUUGCGUUUUAUUUUCAGAAAGGUGCUUCACUAUGAAUUUUCAUGGGAAACAUUUCACGAGUCAAGAAAUAGUGCCCCUGUUGAGUAUUUUAAUGAAUGUCUGGUAUUUCUGCUCCACAUGAGACCCAGUGAUUUCUCCAAAAUUCAUGGUACGAAAUCCUGGCUUGCAUGCUCACCUCCAGUUAUCAUGUUUGCCAGAAAUGCAUGGCAGCAGCUGCAAAUUGAAUCCGAAGAACUAUUUAUUUGUCAUUGUGAUUAUUUAAUGAGCUUGGACAUGUGGUUUUUUCCAAAUGUUCAUUUUUUUUUUUGUUGUUUUGUUUUGUAGCUUUUUCAAGUACCUAAAUAUUUUCCCAUGAUUUGUGGUUUGAGUUAGGGGAAAAACAACAACAACGAAUAUACAUCGUGUACAUAUGUAAAAUAAAUGUCUUAGUC